CAGCGCAGUUCGUUUUGUGCGCGCGUAGUGAACGGUUGUCUUUCGGUUGCUCGUCGGGGAGUUGCAAAUUCAGCGACAGCAGCAACUACAAAUGGCGACUUGUGCCUGUCGGACCCUCGAGUUCAUUGUUAAUUGUUAAUCGUUGUGGUGCUAAGCGUUGGCCGAACGGUUUAUGGGUAUAUGGUAACCCUGGUGGCAGAAAGAAGAACAUACUUGUGUCCAGAAGGAAGGAGGAAAAGCAGUAAGCGCGCACCUUUCGCGUUUCUUUCGCACCGCACCGAUCGCGUUUUUUUGUUGGUUUUUGUUCUGUUUUAUUACUGAUGUUUUGUGUGAAGCAAUGCCGCCAAAGAGCAAGGCAAUGUGAAAUAAGCAUUUGUUUAUUUCAAAAAUUUGAUCAAUUGUUUCUUAGCCACGAAUAUGCCAGUCUGUGUCUGUGUGCAAGAAUUGCAUGUGAAAACAAGUUUGAAAACCGGUCUUAAAGCCUCAAAUGAAACAAGGGUUCAAAACAGUGAGAGCGAAAGAGAGAGGUGGUUUUUUUUUUGGUUUUUGCUUUUGCAUUCUUAUUUUCUCUCCCUCGAUUCGUUUUUGAUCGCUCCCUCUCUCUCGCUCGCUGACUCGCUCUUUAACCUGUGGCAGGUGUGCCUGUGUGAGUGUUGUGUGUGCGCGAAUGGCUGGCACAAAGAAAACUGAAAAAGUGACGUUUAAAAUUUCAUUCGCUCUUGUAUAUUUUAUAUUUUAGCCAAAAAAGAUGUGAGCGAUGUGUAAUUAAAACUAGACUUUUCACUAAAAACUAGAAGAGCGAAGGAAGGCCGCUAAGAAAACAAAGCGAAAUCCCAGAAAUACGAAUACCGAAAGGCAACAACAAAUGCUCAAAUCUGCGGCGUCGUCGCUGCGUCGACGUCGUCCAAAAACAACAAUAACAGCAACAUUAGCCAUCGAGAUGCCGUCGCAGCCGAAGUUGGCGUCUCUGCUUGCAGUGCUGGUUUUGCUCUGCUACUGCGACAGCUGCUUUUUUUGUUACGCGGAUGCCAAUCUACAGCAGCAGAAUUCAAUCGUUCAACAGCAGCAACUUCAGGCUCCUCGGUUUACCACACAUCCAUCGUCAUCGGGAUCGAUUGUCAGCGAGGGCAGCACCAAGAUACUUCAGUGUCAUGCGCUGGGAUACCCGCAACCCACAUAUCGAUGGCUAAAGGACGGCGUCCCCGUGGGCGACUUCUCAUCCAGCCAGUUCUACCGAUUCCACAGCACCCGGCGCGAGGAUGCGGGCAGCUAUCAGUGCAUCGCCAGAAAUGAUGCCGGAUCCAUAUUCAGCGAAAAGAGCGACGUCGUCGUGGCCUACAUGGGCAUCUUUGAGAACACCACAGAGGGUCGUCUGACGGUGAUCAGUGGUCACCCUGCGAUAUUCGAUAUGCCCCCCAUUUGAAUCCAUACCCGUGCCGUCGGUUAUGUGGCAAUCGGAGGAUGGACCUCUGAAUUACGACAUCAAGUACGCCUUCACCCACGCCAACCAGUUAAUUAUUUUAAGUGCUGACGAAAACGAUCGCAAGGGAUACCGGGCUAAGGCCAUUAACACGCAGUUGGGCAAAGAGGAGAGCAGCGCCUUUGUGCACCUGAACGUCAGUGGAGAUCCGUACAUCGAGGUGGCGCCCGAAAUCAUAGUGCGCCCGCAGGACGUUAAGGUCAAAGUUGGUACCGGAGUGGUUGAGCUGCAGUGCAUUGCGAAUGCCAGGCCCUUGCACGAACUGGAGACGCUUUGGCUGAAAGACGGUCUCGCCGUAGAAACUGCCGGAGUGAGGCACACUCUCAACGAUCCAUGGAAUCGAACGUUGGCCCUGCUGCAGGCGAACAGCUCACAUUCCGGGGAAUACACCUGCCAGGUGCGAUUGCGCAGUGGUGGCUACCCAGCCGUCAGUGCUUCGGCUCGCCUCCAAAUCCUCGAGCCGCCGCUCUUUUUUACACCCAUGCGGGCGGAAACCUUUGGCGAAUUCGGAGGACAGGUGCAGCUAACCUGCGAUGUGGUCGGCGAACCCACGCCCCAGGUCAAGUGGUUCAGGAACGCAGAAUCGGUGGAUGCACACAUUGAGAGUGGAAGAUACACGUUGAACACGGAUAAUACGCUGGUAAUUAAGAAACUAAUCCUGGAUGAUGCUGCCAUGUUUCAGUGUUUGGCCAUCAACGAAGCGGGGGAGAAUUCGGCGAGCACCUGGCUGCGCGUAAAAACAUCGGCUCCAAUUAUGGAGCUGCCGCCCCAAAAUGUGACCGCCUUGGAUGGCAAGGACGCAACUAUUUCCUGCCGGGCAGUUGGAUCGCCCAAUCCCAACAUAACCUGGAUAUACAAUGAGACACAACUGGUAGAUAUAUCCAGCCGGGUGCAGAUACUUGAGUCGGGUGACCUGCUCAUCUCGAACAUCCGAUCUGUGGACGCCGGCCUGUAUAUCUGCGUACGAGCCAACGAGGCGGGCAGCGUCAAGGGCGAGGCCUAUUUGAGUGUUUUGGUGCGGACGCAAAUCAUCCAACCGCCUGUGGACACAACGGUGCUACUUGGCUUAACGGCCACCCUGCAGUGCAAGGUGUCCAGUGAUCCCAGUGUCCCGUACAACAUCGACUGGUAUCGCGAGGGUCAGUCGUCGACGCCCAUCAGUAAUUCGCAGCGCAUUGGUGUCCAGGCGGACGGUCAGCUAGAGAUCCAAGCGGUGCGGGCGAGCGACGUCGGGAGUUAUGCCUGUGUGGUCACUUCUCCCGGGGGAAAUGAGACGCGAGCCGCCCGCCUCAGUGUCAUCGAACUCCCGUUCCCACCCAGCAAUGUGAAGGUGGAACGACUGCCGGAACCGCAACAGCGCAGCAUCAACGUGUCCUGGACUCCGGGAUUCGAUGGCAACAGUCCAAUAUCCAAAUUUAUUAUCCAGCGACGUGAGGUCUCAGAAUUGGAAAAAUUCGUAGGUCCAGUUCCAGACCCUCUGCUCAACUGGAUUACCGAGCUGAGCAAUGUCUCGGCGGACCAACGUUGGAUCCUGCUCGAAAAUCUCAAGGCGGCCACCGUUUAUCAGUUUAGGGUUAGUGCUGUCAAUCGGGUGGGCGAGGGUUCGCCAUCGGAACCCAGUAACGUCGUCGAGCUGCCCCAGGAAGCUCCUUCGGGUCCACCGGUGGGAUUUGUUGGAUCCGCCCGCUCGAUGUCAGAGAUCAUCACGCAAUGGCAGCCACCGUUGGAGGAGCAUCGCAAUGGCCAGAUCCUGGGAUACAUUCUGCGGUACCGCCUAUUCGGUUACAACAAUGUGCCUUGGUCCUACCAGAAUAUUACAAACGAAGCGCAGCGCAACUUCCUGAUUCAAGAACUGAUCACCUGGAAGGAUUACAUCGUGCAGAUCGCAGCAUACAACAACAUGGGCGUGGGUGUCUACACCGAGGGCUCCAAAAUUAAAACCAAGGAAGGAGUUCCAGAAGCACCCCCCACAAAUGUAAAAGUAGAAGCUAUAAACUCGACGGCAGCCAGGUGCCGGUGGACUCCACCCAAUCCGCAGCAGAUUAACGGCAUCAACCAGGGCUAUAAGAUCCAGGCAUGGCAACGUCGGUUGAUAGAUGGCGAGUGGAGGGACAUUGAGCGACGAAUGAAGACAGUGCCACCUAGUCUGAUUGAUCCACUGGCGGAACAGACAGCUAUCCUCGGAGGACUUGAAAAAUUUACCGAGUACAAUAUUAGUGUGCUCUGCUUCACGGACCCUGGCGAUGGUGUGGCCAGUAGUCAAGUGGCAGUUAUGACCAUGGAUGACGUACCCGACGAGGUGACUGGAUUGCAUUUCGAUGACGUCUCCGAUAGAUCCGUAAAAGUUCUAUGGGCGCCACCGCGCGCUUCGAACGGUAUCCUAACGGGCUAUACGGUUCGCUACCAAGUCAAGGAUCGUCCAGAUACCCUGAAAUCCUUUAAUCUGACAGCGGAUGAUACAGAGUUGACAGUGAACCAAUUGCAGGCUACCACGCACUAUUGGUUUGAGAUCGUCGCGUGGACGCGUGUGGGCAGUGGAAUUCCGAAAACAGCCACCAUUCAGUCUGGCGUAGAGCCAGUUCUGCCGCACGCACCCACUGCUCUGGCAUUAUCCAAUAUCGAAGCCUUCUCUGUUGUUCUGCAGUUCACUCCGGGCUUUGAUGGCAACUCCAGCAUUACCAAAUGGAAAGUGGAGGGACAAACGGCCAGAAAUAUGACAUGGUUUACCAUUUGCGAGAUUAAUGAUCCCGAUGCAGAGACCUUGACCGUCACUGGCUUGGUGCCGUUUACCCAGUACAGACUGAGAUUGAGUGCUAGUAAUGUGGUUGGUAGCUCGAAGCCCUCGGAGGCAACCAAGGAUUUCCAGACGAUCCAAGCCAGGCCCAAACAUCCACCGUUUAACGUAACCGUGCGGGCAAUGAGUGCUCAACAACUGCGUGUUCGCUGGAUUCCACUGCAACAAACUGAAUGGUAUGGAAAUCCCAGGGGCUAUAAUAUAUCCUACAAGCAGCUGGUCAAAACUCCCGGGACCAUUAAAUACGUACCCCGGUCGGUGGUAAUCGAAGAUCACACCGCCAACUCCCACGUGUUAGAUAGCCUGGAGGAGUGGACACUGUAUGAGGUGAAAAUGAAUGCCUGCAACGAUGUGGGAUGUUCUAAAGAGAGUGACACUGCCGUGGAGAGAACUCGCGAAGCUGUUCCUAGCUAUGGACCCCUGGAUGUCCAGGCUAAUGCCACAUCAUCCACCACAGUGGUUGUGCAAUGGGGUGAGGUGCCCCGACAACACAGAAAUGGUCAGAUAGAUGGCUACAAGGUGUUCUAUGCCGCUGCAGAUCGGGGACAACAGGUGCUGCACAAGACGAUACCCAAUAACGCCACAUUUACCACAACCUUGACGGAACUGAAAAAAUAUGUGGUUUACCAUGUUCAGGUUCUGGCCUACACCAGAUUGGGUAAUGGUGCUCUAAGCACCCCACCCAUUCGAGUUCAGACCUUUGAGGAUACCCCUGGAGUGCCAUCGAACGUUAGUUUUCCGGAUGUCUCCUUGACCAUGGCUCGCAUAAUUUGGGAUGUGCCUGUGGAUCCUAAUGGCAAGAUCUUGGCUUAUCAGGUCACGUACACAUUAAAUGGUAGUGCCAUGCUGAACUACAGCCGAGAGUUUCCGCCUUCCGAUCGCACAUUCCGGGCGACGGAAUUACUUCCCGGAAAGUAUUACAGCUUUAGUUGUACGGCUCAAACGCGACUGGGAUGGGGAAAAAUAGCUACUGCUCUCGUGUACACUACAAACAACAGGGAGAGACCUCAGGCACCUUCGGUUCCGCAAAUAUCACGCAGUCAGAUUCAGGCCCAUCAAAUCACCUUCAGUUGGACACCAGGAAGAGAUGGCUUUGCGCCACUUCGCUACUACACAGUGGAAAUGCGUGAAAACGAGGGCAGGUGGCAACCACUUCCAGAGAGGGUGGAUCCAUCUCUUAGUUCCUUUACAGCAGUUGGUCUGAGACCCUAUAUGACAUAUCAAUUCCGCAUACAGGCCACCAAUGACUUGGGACCAUCCGCCUUUAGUCGGGAAAGUGUGAUCGUGAGAACUUUACCCGCUGCUCCGGCAGUGGGAGUUGGAGGUCUCAAGGUAGUUCCCAUAACCACAACUUCGGUGAGGGUGCAAUGGAGUGCUCUGGAGACUGCAUUGUGGAAUGGUGAUGCCUCAACUGGUGGCUACAGGAUUUUAUAUCAACAACUUUCCGAUUUCCCCACCGCCCUGCAGUCUACACCCAAAACGGAUGUGCACGGCAUCAAUGAGAACAGUGUGGUUCUGUCGGAUCUUCAACAGGAUCGCAACUAUGAAAUUGUGGUGCUACCAUUUAAUUCCCAGGGCCCUGGGCCAGCCACACCCCCAGCAGCGGUCUAUGUGGGCGAAGCGGUGCCGACUGGGGAACCGAGAGCCGUAGAUGCAGCACCCAUUUCCAGCACAGAAGUGCGAUUACUGUGGAAGCCACCAAAGCAGAGCAUGCAGAAUGGAGAUAUUUUAGGAUAUAAGAUCUACUACCUGGUUACUUAUUCACCGCAAGCGUUGGAACCAGGUCGCAAAUGGGAGGAGGAAAUCGAGGUUGUUUCGGCCACGGCAACUUCGCACAGUCUCGUGUUCCUUGAUAAGUUCACCGAGUAUCGCAUCCAACUGCUGGCCUUCAAUCCGGCGGGAGAUGGACCACGAUCCGCCCCAAUUACCGUGAAAACACUGCCAGGAGUACCAAGUGCUCCACUUCACCUUAGAUUUUCAGAUAUCACUAUGCAGAGUUUGGAGGUUACCUGGGAUCCACCAAAGUUCCUCAACGGUGAAAUCUUGGGGUACUUAGUCACGUACGAAACCACCGAGGAGAAUGAAAAGUUCAGCAAGCAAGUGAAACAAAAGGUAUCUAAUACAACACUGCGUGUUCAAAAUCUCGAGGAAGAGGUCACCUACACAUUCACUGUCCGUGCUCAAACGUCCGUCGAUUACGGCCCGGGUAUAAGUGAGAAUGUGACGACAGGACCCCAAGAUGGAUCCCCAGUUGCGCCGCGUGAUCUCAUCCUGACCAAGACGCUAUCCAGCGUGGAAAUGCAUUGGAUAAAUGGUCCUUCUGGGCGGGGACCCAUUUUGGGCUAUCUUAUCGAGGCAAAGAAGCGAGACGACUCACGCUGGACAAAAAUCGAGCAGACCAGAAAGGGCAUGAUGCAGGAUUUUACGGUCAGCUAUCACAUACUGAUGCCCUCCACUGCGUACACUUUUCGUGUGAUUGCCUAUAACCGUUACGGCAUUUCGUUUCCCGUGUACUCCAAGGACUCGAUCCUGACACCCUCCAAACUCCAUCUGGAAUAUGGUUACCUGCAGCACAAGCCCUUUUAUCGGCAAACCUGGUUUAUGGUUUCGCUGGCGGCGACUUCGAUUGUGAUCAUCGUGAUGGUUAUUGCUGUGUUGUGUGUCAAGAGCAAGAGCUAUAAAUAUAAACAAGAGGCACAAAAGACUCUAGAGGAAUCUAUGGCCAUGUCAAUUGACGAGCGACAAGAGUUGGCUCUGGAGUUGUAUCGCUCUCGUCACGGAGUUGGAACUGGUACCUUGAACAGUGUAGGCACUCUGCGAAGCGGUACCUUGGGGACUCUGGGCAGAAAGUCUACCAGUCGACCGCCGCCGGGUGUCCAUCUCGGCAAGAGUCCGCCACGCCCAUCGCCCGCUUCGGUGGCGUAUCACAGCGACGAGGAGAGCUUGAAGUGCUACGACGAAAAUCCAGACGACAGCAGCGUGACCGAGAAGCCCUCGGAGGUCAGCAGCUCGGAGGCAUCGCAGCAUUCGGAGAGCGAAAACGAGAGCGUGCGCAGCGACCCCCACUCCUUUGUGAAUCACUAUGCCAACGUGAAUGACUCACUGCGACAGUCGUGGAAGAAGACCAAGCCGGUGCGAAACUACUCCAGCUACACCGAUUCGGAGCCGGAGGGCAGUGCAGUGAUGAGCCUCAAUGGUGGCCAGAUUAUCGUCAAUAAUAUGGCCAGGUCGAGGGCACCACUGCCCGGCUUCUCGUCAUUCGUCUGACAAUCAACUGAGUUCUAAGAUCUAAGCACCAGUAGCAACGGCACCGUCAUCCGCGAGACCUUCGUCUAGGCUGAGAACGAGGAGGGUCCGAAGAAGGAACCCGGAGCUGGGGGGUUGGCUGGGGCCACUCGAACCCGUUGGAGGACGACACACACACCCACAUAUCAGACAGGCCCUCCUGCCCUCAGCCCCUCCACCUUCACGACGAUACGCUGCUACAGGGAUAUACAUAUUACUUAAUACCAGACAUUCAGUAAGAUUAUCUUGUAUGCAUUUAGUUUGAGUUCUUAAUUAUGUGCUUUUUACGUUGGGUUGUGCACUUCCGCGUCUUAACGUUAUCCUUUUAACUAAAAAUGUUUGUAUGCCCAGUACUUCCCAUACUCGUAAAACGUAUAAAUUUGACCAACAGGCAUUAAUUGAAGUAAUAUUUUUAAAUAUGCAUAACCUAGUGUAAGGAGCACAUUAUUUUCAGCGUCAGUUUCCCAGCAUGACUCUGCUCCUAUUUUAUAGUAUUUAUUUUUGGAUGUACAGUGUGAGUGCGAUGCUGCCUGCCACGCCUCCAGAUGUGGCAUUUAUGGAAUAGGGCGCGACAAAUCGAAUCCGAAUCCUGUGAUAAAACGAUUUCCUUGUGCCCUAAUAAGUUUUUCCAAUGAUUUCCAAGUGUGUUCAGCGCGUGGCAGGUAGUCUGGUCUUUUAAGUGACUGUGAGUGUGAGUGACGUACGCGCUUCGUCUGCGCAAUCUCAUUAUAUAUAAAAUGACAAAAGGUUAUGUUUUAUGUUUAGUUUUUUGUGCGAGUAAAUCUAGAAAAUCUACAAGUACGAAGACAAGGACAAAACACCGAUGCAAUCGGUGGCCUAAUAAGAAAUGAAGAAAACGAGUUCAUGAAACACGCGAAAGAAAUCAUACGCAGUAAACGAAAGUCUUUCUCUUAUAAGAAAGGAUAAGUGUAUUUUUUUGGAAAGGCAUCGAAGAAAGGCUAUAGCCAUGAGCAUGAGAAGAAUAUCUAAGAAAGAUGGCUUAGGUAAUAUUGAUAGGCCAUAUUAUUGCAAUUUCCCUACCACAUAAGUUCACAAACGCAAGCAAAAGUAACACAAAGCAAACAAACAAACAAACGAGCAAACAUGCAAGCAUUCAAAAGCUGCAUAGCACACAAACAAUCGAAGAAUCGAUUCGUUCAGAGCGCAUGCGUAGCAGAUUUAGCAUUAAGUACGAUCUUCUAGAGGUAAGAUGCAUUUUUUUUUUGUUAGUUGGGGGCCAGUCUCUACGGGGAGACUUUGCCCUGAUACUCUAGAUCGUAAUUUUCGAUUGUUUAAUCCCCGAAGCUUAGAGAUAAUUGUACUCGUGUUUGUAUUUGAAUGCGGUUUAUAUUUAUGACUAUAUUUAUAUAUCGAUGUAUACAUGUAUAUCUAAAAACUUAAACGACUGAUUAUAUAUUUUCCCCUGAUUAGUUGUAUACUUAACUCCUUUUUUGUAAUACCUAUGCAUUAACUAUGCUAAGACCACUUUGGCACUUUGGCGACCGUUGAAAUGAAAACGGAGUGGAUAACUUUCUGCGUUUUCCCCAAAUCGCAAGCUAAUUUCAACUUCAAAGACUCAAAGCACAAGUUCAUCUAGUUAAGUAAAUGUAUUUGUAAUUGUUGAAUUGAUGAUUAAAGGAUAGUUCUCCACUAAUUGAGGAGGCACGUUUGAUGUGGAGGAACUAUGGAGAUGAAAAAGGUGGAGCUUAGGGAUCUUCGCUCGUUGCUAGUUGAAAUUCGUGCAACAAGCGCAAAGUAUUAAAAUAUUGAUAAAUACAAUUUAAAUGUGUAAAUGUAAUUGAUCGAGCAUCCGAAUAUGAAUCAAUAAAAGAACAUGAAAUCAAUGG